AUGGCCGUGGCUGUAACAGCUCACGGCCAUGUCACCAACAUAGUUGUUAAUGGUGUAUACUACCGCAACUUCCUCCCAAAUAUCGAUCCCUACACCCAGAACCCACCCAAAGUUAUGGGCUGGACAGCUGGUAAUACAGACAAUGGUUACAUUGCCCCCAAUAAUUUCCAAUCCCCUGAUAUCAUCUGUCACGUCUCGGCAACCCCAGGUAAAGCCCACGUUGCCGUCCGGGCCGGUGACUCCAUCUCAAUCCAGUGGAAUACUUGGCCUGAGUCUCAUCACGGUCCCGUGAUCGACUACUUGGCUAGAUGCAACGGAACCUGCGAGACGGCGGACAAGAAUGCACUGAAAUUCUUCAAGAUCGAUGGUUCUGGACUGGUGUCUGGAUAUAAUCCUGGCUACUGGGCCGCAGAUGUACUGAUUUCCAACGCUGCCUCCUGGCUGGUCAAAAUCCCAGAGGACAUUGCACCGGGCAAUUACGUUCUCCGGCACGAGAUAAUUGCCUUGCACGGAGCACACGAAAUCAACGCGGCCCAGGCAUAUCCACAGUGCUUCAACCUUGAGAUCUCCGGAACAGGCACGUCUCAGCCUCAGCUCCGUGCCGCAAUUCAAGUCAAGCGUUACCGUUACAAGCACCGCCACAGUAGCCACCCAGAUAUCAGCUGUACCUACGAGUUCUACGACCUCGACCUCGACCUCGGGCCCAUUCACAAAUUCAACUUCAACGUCAGCUGGCGAGUCCUUGCCGUCUACCACCACCUCUACACGGUCAGAAUCUACCACGCCAGCCGGUAA